AUGCCGGCGCCAACAGGCGAUGGCACGCAAAUGCUGCAUGUCCACAGCCUCGAGAUGGUUCGGCUGUUGGACGAGCGGCUUCAAUCAUCUUUGACGGCUCACUUCGCGCAGCAGGAAGACCUGAUCCGGAGGCUUCUCAGCGGCCGUGCCCACCCGCAGUAUGACUGGGAAGAAGUGUCGAGGUCCAUAGCGGCCCGCGAAGCAAACAGGAAGGCUGAAUUCCCGCAGGAAUUGCAGCUGUCCCAGCGGCCGGAGCAGCUGAAGACCCAUCGCGCGGCUGUGCAACACGAUAACGAAGAGAUUUCGGAGUCCAUCUCCAACUGUGCGGCCACUGCGAAGCUGCCGAGUUUGCCGGAGCCACCAGAAUUGCCCCAACGACCAGAACAGCAGCAGGUCAGAAGACGCGACACAGCCGUGACCAUGAAGUGGAUCCGGAGAGCUCCGUUCUCUGCUUUGUGGAUGGGCGAGACGUGGCGGGGUCGUUCGUUCAACCAACGUUUAAGAUCCUUCAUGAAAGGACCCUUUGAUGUUAUCCUAGGUGCCAUCGUCAUUUUAAACAUUUCUUUUAUGGUCUUACUCACCGAGUGGAGCGGCUCCUUGAUUGACCAGAACUUGGGCCUGUCAGAGCCAGCCCCGAGCUGGUUUUCACCAGAAUUCUUCUCAGUUACAGAGUACGUCUUCUUCGUUGUCUUUCUCGUGGAUGUUGUGGCGAAGGUCUGCAUCCUGAAGCACGAGUGGUACUACUCUCGACGCGAAGGCGUUAUGUACCUCAACAUCUUCGAUGCCUUGUUGGUCGUUGUGAAUUUUGUAGAGCUGAUUCUGCUUCCUUCUAUUUUGCAAGAUGGGGCUGGAGAGCUGCGGAUCAAUCAUGUUCGUGUCAUCAAAUUAUUGCGGAUGGGGAGGACCCUCCGUAUAGUCAAGACAUUGUCGAUCUUUCUGCCGCUACGUGUGCUGGUUGGAACAUGCGUCGCAAGCUUAGGGGCUUUCUUCUGGUCCCUUAUUCUUCUUCUCGUCCUGAAGAUUACCUUUGCCUUGAUUGUCAGCCAGGCAUUACAGUCGUGGAUUCUCGACGAGACCCAAGAUAUGUCAGCGCGCCUACAGAUCCAUGCAAUGUACGGCAGCUUCUUGAAAGCAACAUACACUAUGUUCGAGAUAACGUAUAGUGGGGGAUGGCCCACACUUGUGCGCCCAGUUCUCGAUCUCGUGGAUCCUAUGUACGCAGCAGCAUUCCUCCCAUAUGUAACCCUGGUGGUUUUCGCUGUCCUUCGCAUCGUUACAGCCCUUUUUCUGAAGGAGACACUUGAAAGUGCUGCGCAAGAUGCGGAGAUUGUAAUCGAGGAGACGCGACGAACUGCCAUAAAAUAUCAAGAGAAGUUGGUUGAGUUGUUCAAUUACUUUGAUGAUGAUGCGGAUGGGCACCUAUCUCCAGAGGAGUUCAUUGAAGCCAUGAGUUUGCCUAGUGUGCAGCAGUACUUGAGGUUUCUGGACGUCGGUGUUCGGGAUGUGCGGCCUCUGUUUGACAUCUUGUCAGAUGGCAAUGGCCUCAUCACAAUCUCUGAAUUCUGCAAAGGCCUGAUGCAGCUUAAAGGCCAGGCACGAGCUCUUGAUAUGGUUCUCUUGCAGCAUGAUAGCGCCAAACUUCUCAGUCGAUGUGAAGAGAUCCUGAGUAUAGUUUCGGGAGAUCACCAGACUGUGGGAGAGAGAGUCUCCAAAGAUCGGAAAGCAGCUGUCACACCUGAUGGACCGCUGGUGCGCGGCACAGUCUGA